AUGAAGAAGAUAGACGAAGACAAGACAGCCUUCCAUACAGACCAAGGAAUUUAUUGUUUUGAGAAAAUGUCUUUUGGCCUAAAGAAUGUCGGGGCUACUUAUCAGCGUUUGAUAGACAAAGCAUUCAGAGAUCAAAUUGGAAGGAAUGUGGAAGCCUAUGUGGAUGACAUUGUGAUAAAGAGUCAGGCUGAAGAAAUAAUGUUGGCAGAUGUACAAGAGAGCUUUGACACCCUAAGAAGCAUCAAUAUGAAGUUAAACCCGUCAAAGUGUAGCUUUGAAAUGGAAGAAGGAAAGUUUCUUGGACAUAUUGUGACUCCUAAAGGAAUCAAGGCAAACCCUAAGAAAAUUCAAGCAGUGAUAGACAUUGCAUCCCCUCGAACUAAGAAGCAAGUUCAAAGUCUUAAUGGGAAGUUGGCUGCCUUAGCAAGAUUUCUAUCAAAGUCUGCUGAAAAAUCUUUACCUUUCUUUAGAACAUUAAAGGGAAGCUUAAGGAAGCAAGACUUCUCGUGGUCGGCCGAAGCAGAGGAGGCAUUCAAGGAUAUGAAGAAGUUCCUUGCUGAUCUCCCAACUCUCACGGCUCCGAUCGCAGGUGAAACACUUACUCUAUAUCUUGUUGCUUCUAAAGAAUGUGUUAGUGCAGUAUUACUUGCAGAAAGAAGCAAUCGCCAGAUGCCAAUAUAUUUCGUAAAUAGAGCCUUAAAAGGCCCAGAAAUAAACUAUCCAUGUUUGGAAAAAUUAGCUCUUGUCUUGGUCCACGCGGCCAGACGCCUAAGGCGAUACUUCCAAGGUCAACCUAUUCGGGUUCUGAUUGACAAGCCAAUAAGGCAAAUGCUAGCCAAACCUGAAGUAUCUGGACAAUUAGCUAAGUGGGCUAUCGAACUGGGUGAACAUGAAAUUAGCUUCCACCCAAGAACGUCCAUCAAGGGCCAAAUCUUGGCUGACUUCUUGGAGGUUCAGGCAACCCAGGAAGAGGAAAACCCAAAGUGGACCCUCUUCACAGAUGGAGCAUCUAAUCAGGAAGGAUCGGGAGCAGGUCUCCUCUUAAUUGAUCCCGAGGAAAGAGAAUACACUUAUGCAUUAAGGUUCAACUUCCCAGCAUCCAACAAUGAGGCAGAGUAUGAAGCACUCCUUGCUGGCCUCAAAAUGGCAAAACAAAUGGGAGUAAAGAAAAUACAAGUAUUUGUAGACUCUCAACUAGUGGCAAACCAGAUCAAUGGCACAUUUAAAGCUAACCAAGCAUCCAUGCAACUUUACUUAGAAGAAACAAAGAAGCUUAUUGAAGAAUUUGAGUCUUUUCACAUAGAGCAAGUUAGAAGGAAUCAGAAUAAGAAGGCGGAUGCUUUAAGCAAGCUAGUUUCACUAACCUUUGCUCACCUCACCAAAGAAGUCUUAGUUGAAGUCCUAAAAGAAAAGUCUAUAACAAAAGGCAAUGAAGUAUCUCAAGUUGAAGAAGAAGAAGACUGUUGGAUGACCUCAAUUUACAACUUCAUCAAGAAUGAAACACUUCCAAAGGACAACCAUGAAGCUCAGAAGGUGAGAAUGAAGGCACCAAUGUAUCUCAUCAUUGAAGAUAAGUUGUUCAGAAAAUCUUUUUUAGGUCCGCAUCUCCGAUGUGUAGGCCCCUCCCAAGCUCAAACUCUCAUUCAAGAGGUUCAUGGGGGUGCAUGCGGAAUUCAUGCUGGACCAAGAUCUGUGGCCACAAAGAUAAUGAGCCUUGGUUAUUAUUGGCCUUCAAUGAACAAGGAUGCCAAGGAAGAGAUAGAAAAGUGUGAAUCCUGCCAAAUACAUGCUCCAAUAUCAAGAAUACCAAAGCAAGAUCUCAUUCCAGUAAACACUGCUUGGCCAUUUUAUAAGUGGGGGAUUGACAUUGUGGGCCCAUUCCCGGUUGGAGUUGGAAAUGUAAAGUUCUUAAUAGUGGUUGUCAAAUACUUUUCUAAGUGGGUCGAAGCUAAACCACUUGCCACAAUCACUGGCCAAAGGGUGAUCAACUUUGUUUGGGAAUACAUAGUAUGUCGGUUUGGAGUACCUCAUGUCUUAGUAAGUGACAAUGGAAAACAAUUUGCUGAGAAUCCUUUCAAAACAUGGUGUGAAGAUAUGAACAUUAGACAAGUGUUUACCUCAGUUGCCCACCCUCAAGCAAAUGGACAAGUAGAAGUGAUAAACUAG